UUUGUGGUAUUCGUGGAGCCAGUGCAGAACGGUCAUACAACACUUAAUUUUGUUUAUAACUUGGAAAAUGGCUGAGCAAAUGUCAAACCUUAAGUUAACUCAAGAAAAACUAGAUGCCCUACGCUCGGAGUACAGGCCACGUCGCCCGUGCGCCCUGCUGAAAUAUCCGCGACCUAAGACUAAGCCGGAAUAUCAGGCGAUAUAUCCAUGGUUGCUCCCAGAUGAAACCGAUCCGCACUUUGUAUUCUGUGCGGUGUGUGAGUGUAGACUCAGCUGCAAGAGAUCGGAUCUGGGAAAGCACGAGGGCAGCAUUAAGCAUUCAGAAAAUGCCCAAAGAAAAUCAUUGCCAGCCAAGGCAAAUCAAACAGAAGCAGAGAGUUCCGCCUCCAGCGCUAUAAAGUGGGACUACAACGAGGACGAGGAGGGUAUGCUACCUUACGGAACAGAUAAUCCAGACGAUGAGACUGAGGAGGAGGAUGGUGAGCUGGACGAAACUGAGGCGGAUUGCGAAGAGGAGGAUGAUCAAGCCCAAGAACUAGAGGCCCAAAGCGAUCUCGAAAUGGAGCCAGCCGCCAAGAUGCAGCGUCGCACCUCAGAGACCGAUUCACAGCAUUCCGGCAUGCUGGACUACCUGCCACUCCAUGUCACCAUCAACGAAUUGCCAUCGAGUGCUCCAUCUAAUCUUACCUCAAUCUAUCCUACUUCUUCUACACCAGUAACUCCAGCACCACCCUGCAGGAUCACUAUUAAGAAAGUGCCUCCGCCUAGCACUCCUCCCAGUGGUGUUUAUCAGGCCCAGGAAAUCAGUUCCAAGGCAACUAUAACCCCAAUACACACCACGUCCUCCUUUGCCUCCCGUCAGCUGCAUUUCUAUCAGCAGCAGCAGGUGUCUCCUGUUACUCCACCGCGCGAUCCCUUGGAGCUCUUCUUUGACAGCAUUUGCGCUAGCGUCAAGGGUCUGCCGCCCAAAUUGGCCACCGAGGGCAAGAUUCGCGUGAUGCAACUCAUCGGGGAGCUAGAGCUGCGUGCCCUGGAAGAAUCUUCUCACUCCGUCUUACUUCAAGAUCUCGAUCUCUCCGGCAGCUCCACAACUGUGUCAACCGAAGCGCCUGGCAGUGGUCAGCAGAAUGCAACAGUGGCUUCCACCACCAAAUAAACCGGGAAGUGGUUCCUUCUAAGCUCAAGCUGGCAAAUUAGAAUAUCAAGUGUUUUAAUUUUUAAUUUUGUUAAAUGAUUUUAAUUAAUAAAGCUUUUUAUUAGUUAUUGUA